GGCGUAGUUGUUGCGAGGACUAGGUGACUGCGACUCCUCGCUUUUCCUUACUACAUUACACAGAUACUGAGAGCGAGAGAGACGCGCAGAGAGAGUACAUGUGGAAAAGUGGCCAUGGCUGUGUCAGCUCCCGUUAUCCCACCACCCCCUCUCACUCCCACCUCUACCCCGUUAACAGGAGGCUUGUUCCGCACCGAUUCUGUGUACACCAGCCCUUCGGAAUCACCCAAACUUAGUAGCAUUAAUAACAACAUCAACAGCGGCAACGAGUGUAAGAUGGUCGAGCUCCGUGGAGUCAAAGUGGCGUCUUUCAAUGUGGACGGGCAGGAGCUAAUCUGCCUCCCGCAGGUCUUUGAUCUCUUCCUCAAGCAUCUGGUGGGCGGUUUGCAUACGGUUUACACUAAGUUAAAGAGACUGGAUAUAACGCCCGUGGUCUGCACCGUAGAGCAGGUCAGAAUCCUCAGAGGACUCGGAGCCAUCCAGCCCGGAGUUAACCGUUGCAAACUCAUAUCCAGAAAAGACUUUGAAACUUUGUUCAACGAUUGCACCAACGCAAGCUCGAGGCCUGGAAGACCCCCAAAGCGUACCCUGAGUGUCUCUUUGCCAGAAAAUUCACGCAUCAUACCCCAUGCUGUCCCAGGUCUCUUAUCGCCAGGAAUCAUCUCACCAACAGGUCUAACUGCAGCAGCCAUGGCUGAAGCGAUGAAGUUACAAAAACUGAAACUUGCCACAAUGAAUAAUCUUCAUGGGAACGGCAGUCAAAAUGGUGCAGAGUCAGAGAAUGAAGAACAGAAUUCCAGCACAGGUGAAUGUGAAUCUUCGUGGGACAAAGCGAAACUCCAGUCACCCACUACCACAGGGUCACAGCAUGUAGCCAACCAUGCCACACUGUCUGCUCAUCACAAUCUUGCAGCCACAUACCCGCUUAGCCCACUCCAGCAGAAUCACCUUAUAGCCAACAGGCUGGAGUUGCCAUUCAUGAUGAUGCCCCACCCCCUCAUACCCGUCAGCCUACCUCCUGCAUCGGUUACCAUGGCAAUGAGCCAGAUGAGUCACCUCAGCACCAUAGCUAACAUGGCAGUGGCAGCCCAAAUGCACAGUCCCUUAUCCAGAGCAGGAGCUUCUGUUAUCAAGGGAAUGCCACUACAAGCCAGUAAAGGUUACACUCAUCUACUUGGACAACCUCUUGAAUUUUUGUUCUGCCACCAGGAGCGGGUUCAUAAUAGCCCAUCCCCAGAACCAUCCCUUGAAGAUAAUCAACGGCCUGGGAGUCACCCGUCUUCACAUCAGAGCAGCAGUGUAUCUAGCUCGCCAUCCCAACAUGACAUUGCCUCUGACAGGAUAUCUGGUCAGCCAGGGACGAGAGAAGGAGAGAUCAUUGAUCAUGAUAAUGGUCCCAAUAUAAAGAGAAGCCAAAAGGAGAAAGAUGAAACUCAGCUUGUGAUGCCCGCCAUCAGAACCAGCAUCGAGAAGUUCCACAUGGCUGGCCAAGCCUUGCCCCCAGGGUUUCCUGCACCAUUUUUAUUUGCUGAUGGACUGUCUUCUAUAGAAACACUUCUAACCAAUAUUCAGGGCCUGCUGAAGGUGGCUGUUGACAAUGCCCGUGUUCAGGAGAAGCAGAUACAACAGGAGAAGAAAGAACUCAAGCUGGAACUGUUCAGGGAGAGGGAAAUGAGAGAAACCUUAGAGAGACAACUCACAGCGGAACAGCACAAUAGAGCAACAAUUCAGAAACGACUGAAGAAAGAGAAAAAGGCGAAAAGGAAAUUACAGGAAGCACUUGAAUUUGAAUCAAAGCGACGAGAACAAGUGGAACAAGCUUUACAACAGGCCACAUCCACAGAAAGUCUCAGGGUGCUUAAUGAUGCAGUAAUUCCUGAGCUGGAAGGUGAACACUGUGGAACUCAGCUUGACACAACAGCAACAGUACAAGAUAGAACAUACAUGAAAACAUCAAUCCUGUACUGAGAGACAAUUUUACCAAACUGAACCAUGUAAGGACAACAUUUCCACACUCUCGUGAAACAAUGGCUGGGUACAGCAAACACUUCAAGCCACUUUCAAUCAAAGGACCUCAAUUCAUGCAUUUUAAUAAGGAUAAAAAAAGUAACCACAUGCAUUGUGGUGGAUUAGUGCUGUAGCAUCGUUUGCGCUGCAGGUAAUGUUGCCAAUGUGGUGAAGAUUUUAUACUAGAUUUGCUGCGCCAGAACAAUGUACCUGGUAAGAGUCAUGCCUUGUUGGUUAAAGCAUAGUGUGCCAUGCUAUUUUAAAGCACACCAGCAGCCAACACAAACAGAAGACAUUGCAGAUUGGUGAAUUUACAGCACGUCAGGUCUUAUACAAGGCUGUUGAGAACAAUUAGCCCAGAGGCAACUGAAGAGCUUUGUAAUUAAUGGCUGAAGAAAUCCUGCAACAAAACUGUUUAUUGUAAUUAUUAAUAAAGCUUUCUCUGUUAAAACUGGUCUAUUUAAAAAAGGGCCCUACUUAGAUAAAAUGACGGAAAAACGGCAAUGUUUUGCUGAGUAAAAGUGCCCUUCAGUUUUGUGAUCCAUCUGCAAGAAAAGCAUUGAUUUGUCAUUAACAUCUUUUACACUCCACUCAAAUAUUGGGGAAGGAAGUGAAAUAUAUGCAGUAGAAUAUUAGAAAAUGAAACCUUUUUAAAUGGCUAGUUGCUCAUAUACGCUACCAUAAUUUCUUAAAAAUAUUUAGUUUAAAUUUCAACUUCUGACCAGUAAAAAGGAAUGUUAACUAGUAAAGAUACAAUGUUAAUAGAACUUUCAGUUUGUCUUUUGUCUUUGCAAAGCUGUUCACAAAACAUUGUCCCUGCUGUUCAAUUCAAAUUGACAGUAAAAUUGGUGCUGAUGUUAAUUAUUGUUUAUAGCUUUGUAGUGAAGUAUAACUACCACAAGCUCACUGCUUAUCACGUGCAGACAUUGUUAAAGAAAGCUUACACUCAAUGCAGCACUGUAAAACUCUCAGUUGCAAAUGCCUUAUGUCUGCACUGUUCCAAAUGGGAACUUGUUCCAAUGUAAUCAUCACUUUAAGUGAAGAAAUGAAUUGUAAGUAACUGGAAGUCAAUUAAGAGUCUUCUGUUGGGUAGCACAGAUCAUUUAUAUUUUUGCUUCAGUUAACUGCCUUAUUAAUGAUUUAUGGAUGUGUAUGCAGCUGGAAAAACAGCUGAGUUACACUCCCUAUCUCAACCUUAAGGAAAAUUAUACACAAGAAUUCUUACUGCUUGCCUCAGGCAGGAAGAGAAAAAUCGCCAACAUAAGACGUUAAAAGAAUGAACAGGGUUGUAUGUCAACAUUUUGUAGUACACACACUUAAUAGUUGGAACCAGUACAGUUAACAAUUGGCUAUAGACAACAAGGUAUACAUUACAAUGUCAUGUUACAACAUAAAUCAUAUCUGGAAGAUAAGAAUAAACAACUCAUGAGGUAUGUAUUUAUCUGUCCCAUAGAAUGGCACAGCCUACCUUUUCAAAGUAAUCAGUGACCUCAUAUGAAUUCAGUUGUUCAUGAAUUUUACUGCACUACUUUAAUAAGCCAUCUCUUCUCAUGGACCAGAAAUCACAAGGUUUGAAACAGUUUAAAGCGUGGUGCCAUUAUUUAAAGAUUUUUUUUUAUUAAAUAACCCUUUUGGUAGUCCAACUUAUAAUAUGCUGGCAACAUGCAAGAGUAAAAAGAAAUUCAGUCAAUUCAUUGGUGAUAGUUGUGCUGAAGAGCUUCACUCGUUUAAAAGAUGGGAUUCUACCCAAAGAACAUGGUUCUGUGAUUUAACUUCAGCACUUAUGUUAAAGUAUCUUAAAACAUUGUUGAUAACUUUUGCACUUGCCCAGCCGGAGAUGCCAUUUGAAAUACUGCAGGGAGCACACAAUAUUUAACUCUGAAUGUUGAGCUACAUUGUUUUCUUAAUUACAUCAUUUCAUUCCAAUGUCUCAAAACAAAUGACAAUACACAUCAGGAACAUCUUUUUUUAUAACAUAGCUGCUGUUACUUUAACUAAAACACAAAUUUCCCUUCCUGUACUUAUGAUAUUGUUUUGUUUCUGAAUCAUUUCCUUUCAUAUGGAUUUGCUCUUAAACAUGGCAUGCUGAUUAUGUUCCAUUCUCCUUAUGAGAAGCUGAAUCACUGUGUAUUCACAUGAUCAAAUAUACAGUUUUAGAUUCUAUGUGGGUAAAAGUGUGCACUCAAUAGGCAAGUGAUACAAUCCCAUGUUUUUCAACACGAUAAAAUGAAAAUCUUAAAAUGUUCCUCCUAAC